UGUGUCUUAUUACCAAACCAUCCCAGACGCAAGGUUUUUAAAAAUUAAAUCCUCAUUUGAAGCCGCAGCCCUCAAUAUGGACGUGUUGGUGGAAUAACUGUGCACAGGUAAGCAUUAAUGGUAAAUUAAAAUAAUUUUUGCCUAGAUGAAGUUAUUUACAAGUAAAUAACUGCAGAUGCAAGAAAGGUUUUUGAGCAAAAUGAAAUAUUUUAGAUUUUAAUUUAGGUAACAUUAAAGCUAAGCAACUUAUUUUAGAUAUUUGCAUCAAGUAGCUUAAAUAUGUAUGCUUUUAUGACUGAAAAGACUUACCUGAAGCAGUAUAGUUUUUAUUUCGAGUGUUUUAAAGUAAGAGACUAGCUGGGCUAGGAGAGCUAGCUUCCUAGCUAGAGCUAGCCUCCUAGCUAGAAACAGGUGUUUGACAAGUUGACAAUAUUUGGGGUAGGUGGUACCUGUGUGGUACCUACUACCUAGCUUUUGGUGAUAAAAGUUGGGUGAUGAACUGUAAGGUUUUCAUCAUUAUAUUUAACAAUAUUGGCGAACUGCUUGCUUUAUGUUAGCUAAUUGCACCGUAGUGAUGCUUGUUAAGCUCGUUAAGCUUGAUUUCAAGCAGGAGAUUAAUAAGAAGCAAACCCACAGGUUUCUGUGAAACUUGUUUAUCUUUUGGAAAAGCACCAAUGGUUGAAGGUUUUAAUAAUUGGCUGCAAUAGGGCUGGUGCAUCAAUGGCUUUAAAGCUGUGUACUGUAAUCACUUUCAUGACUUAAAUGCUGAAAGUGUAAAUCAAGAGUCCUCAAAUUUAGGCAAAUAUCGGUGUCCUUCAAUUUUUAAAUGUGUAUUUGUACCUGAAUCAAUUAGCUGAAUAACCUCCUCAUAUGCAGCCAAAUUCUCCAGAUUUCUGACCACAUUAUUUGACUUAGGUGUGUUGAAGCAGAGAUGCAUCUAAAAGUUGGAGGAGACUGUCCCUGGAAGACUGAUUAAAACUGUUUAAUUAAAGAUAAAUUGGACUUCUCUAAUAAAAUUCAUUUGUGCAACAAACUACCCUUUUUCCUUAAAGUAUGGCUCAAAUGUUCUUGUAAGGCUGUACUAUUGGCUGAACAACAAUAUAUUGAACACUGAACUAUUUGUAGAUGGUAAAGCACUUUUUUAAAUCAGUGAUUAAAUAAAUUAUAGUGUUGGUGUUUUAUCUGAGCUGUGUGUCUUGCAUGCAUAACAUGUUUCCAUAUUUAUAAUUAAAUUUUUAGCUUUAACAUUUGUAGGAAUUACAAAGAAGCUUGUAAUUCCUUCUUUGACUGUUAUAACUUUUCAUACAUGUCAGUAAAACAUGCAGAGGCGAAGACGCAUAAAUCCGAAGGAAGAUGCCAAAUAUUAUAUUGAUACCAAAACGGACAAAGUGGGGCUUGACGUCACGUACAUCAAUGCCUUUAAAGGUCGUGGUAUCUUUGCCACAACCUCUUUUCAGAAAGGAGACUUUCUGUGUGAAUAUCGAGGUGAACUGAUCAGUAAAGAGGAAUGUGAGAGGAGACAGAGAGUUUACCAUGACAACCUUAAAGUAUUCUUGUUUGAAUUCUAUUUUAAUGGAAAACUCUGGUGUGUUGAUGCAGCAAAAGAAGAUUGCUCCCUUGGAAGGCUUAUAAACGAUGACAAUAUCAGCCCAAAUGCCAAAAUGAAGUAUCUGACCGUCCAACAGAAACCACAUUUGUGUUUAUUUGCAACUCGAGAUAUCAAUCAGGGAGAAGAGAUUACGUACAAUUAUGGGGACUCAGACUGGCCAUGGCGACUCAAGAACUCCAGUGGGAUGUCUUCAACUGGACAAGAUGUUGAGGUGCCAUCCACAUCACAGUUGGUUUCAUACUAUGGACCGGUAUCAAGCAAAGACCAAAUAAAGAUCAGAGCUGAAAAUGACCCGGAUCAGAUGAUAACCAGUGUCAAAAACGAGACAGAUCCAGUCCUGGAUUCACUCCCCAUCAAGGAAUUGGAGAAAGAAAUGUCCCAAAGUCCUGACUGCACUCAUUCAACUUCUACGGCUGGCAACACAGAACAGAUCAGAGCUGAAAAUGAUCAGGAUCAGAUGACAACCAGUGUCCCAAAUGAGACAGACCCUGUCCUGGAUUCACUCCCCAUCAAUUCAGAGGAAUUGGAGAAAGAAAUGACCCAAAGUCCUGACUGUCCUUGUACAACUUCUUCAGCUGGCAACACAGAACAGAUCAGAGCUGAAAAUGAUCAGGAUCAGAUGACAACCAGUGUCCCAAAUGAGAUAGACCCUGUCCUGGAUUCACUCCCCAUCAAUUCAGAGGAAUUGGAGGAAGAAAUGUCCCAAAGUCCUGACUGUCCUUGUACAACUUCUUCAGCUGGCAACACAGAACAGAUCAGAGCUGAAAAUGAUCAGGAUCAGAUGACAACGAGUGUCCCAAAUGAGAUAGACCCUGUCCUGGAUUCACUCCCCAUCAAUUCAGAGGAAUUGGAGGAAGAAAUGUCCCAAAGUCCUGACUGUCCUCAUACAACUUCUUCAGCUGGCAACACAGAACAGUGUCAAAAACAUCACUUGAUGUGCACAACAGUAUCCUCUUUGGAGAAGUGUACUCAGUGUUUUGGACCUUGUUCUUCAUUCAAGUGGGUUGGCUACCAGUGCAAAGUGGGAGCAGUGUCAUCGACAGCAGAGGAAACUGUCCCUCCUGUUGAAGAGACCUCCUCUGCUGCACCCAGAAGACAACCAAAAAAACCAUGGUCAAGUGCUGAGGUUUCUGCUGUUAUGAGGCAUUUUAAAGCUCACAUAGGUAAAGGAAAACUUGCCACUAAAAAUGAGUGCAAACACUGCAAGUUGGUGGAAGGUCCUGUGCUGGCUCAAAGAACAGCACAAAAUAUCAGGGACUUUGUGAGAAACCGUGGAAUAACUGCUAUGAGGCAGGCACAAAAGAAAAGGCUCUAGAUUUUAUGUGAAGUAAUCAUUUGUUCAAAAGUGUUCCAUUUUGUUCAUGCUACUAAAACAUUUUUUUUGUUGCCUAUCGAACAAUAUUAUCUGUAAAGUCCCGUGACUUAGAGGCUGUUUAAAUGUAUUUGUGUUGAUAGGCAGAAAAGCGUUUUUCUAAUGGUGAGGCAUUUUUCUGUUGUCCAGCAUAAAAAUUAUUCGAAAAGGUGGCAGAAUUUUAAUUUAACAUUCUUUUACUUAUUUAUUUAUAUUCAGAAUAUUUGGCAACAGUCUGCACCCUAAAGCCCUUAUUUUACUUUUGUGUACGUUUUGUUGAGGCACUUAAAUUAGAUUGUUUUUCUUUUGGUAAUUUCAAUUUGAGGCUUACUUUUAUUUUUUAAAGAAAAAUAAUUGAAUUAUUUGGUCAUAUUUACCUAAUAAAAUAUGUUCUGUUAAUGCUUUGUGCUGUCAGGUUGUGUAUUUAUGCUAAUCAGCAGGUUUUUAAAUAUGACGUAGUUGUCCCUUUAAAGUUCUCACAAUACUUUGUUUUGUUCUCAUAAACCACAUUUGCUGAUGUCCAUACAAGCCACCAUGUUGUCAGGCUGCUGAAAGAAAGGCUGUGUAGCUGCUAUCUGAAACCUAAAGUGAGCUAAAUUUUUUUCAGAUUUUUUGCAGUGUUUUAAGCCACCUCCCAUUGCUCUAGCUACUUGGGAAAGGGUAGUCCAGCUAAACCACCGUCGGGCCUGUUUGGCGAAAAAGGCAGGCUAUACCUUAUAUA